AUGAUCAUAACAGAACCAGCAUUAAUUGCUCUCGCCAACAGAGAGGAAGCCAAUCGAAAUGGUAAAAUGUCGGUUAGUUGCCUAAGUUUGUUAAUCGUCAAUAUAGACCAUAAUUUUUAUUCGGGACAAAAACCAACGUAAUCAGGAAAUAUCAGGCUAUAUUGACUAUGCGCAUCGACUAAAAACGGAGGACUUUGCCGGAUAUUUUCUUCAAAAGAAGCGCCUUCUGCCCAGAAUGGGUGACCUAAGGUACAAUUCCUCACUUAGUUACUUUGCUAACAAACAUGUUCGCCGCAAUUUUAAACCCGAAUUCACUGGUGUUUGUCUGUAAUAUUUAGGUCCAAGACAUCAAAUUAACGGCUAGUUAUUUUACAUUUGCUGAUUGGCUCUGGGAAUCCAUCAAACCUCACAUCUGGUUAAGGAAGUCAGAAUCUUCAUACAUAUGAAACAAUUGAAAAUUUUGCGAACUGAAUUAUGAUUGUCCAUUGCUUACAGACAUGCUCGUUAUUUCAGAUUGCCUGCACAGUGACCAAAUGCCGCAUUGAACAACUUUAUCCCCCUAGUAAAGAUCGUUUUUUAAGAAUUUUAUUCACUUUUAAAAAGCAGCCUUUGAAAUGAAACUUCAAUAAAACUUGCACACCUCGUUUUAUCUACUUAUGCUACGCUAAUAAGGCGGAUUGAGAUAAAUAUUAGACUGUCACGAUGACAUUUUUAGAGGUUUCGUUACGGAAUGCGUGGGGCGUUUUUGCACGCGCCAGCUUUUUAAGAUUAUAAACUGAAUCGUCAAUUUUCCUUCAUCAAUGCCUUUUAGGUGCAACCCAGCCAAAAUUACUUUUGCUCAAAAUUUCAACUUUUCCUUACCGUAUAAAAACACAUCGAUUGAGCAGUUUGACGACGUCCUUUUUAGGUAACAACACCCGAGAACGGUUAACUGCGCACGAGGGAUUUUGCGACUCUUGUGAUUAAACUUGCCGCUCCCGUGUGCCUGAGUCACACAACAAAGCAUUUAGCAUAGCCUGCAGAGGACUGAUGAAAUCAAAUAAGGUGAUGAUUCGUGGGAGAAGAAGAAGAAAGUAAAGACGAUAGAGACAAUGUUUUUCUUUGAAAAUCAAAACCUGCCUAAAUAUAAUACUUCUGGCGCGCUUACACCCCCAAAGAUGCGCUCAAAUCACCCCAUGGAAGAUUGACAGCUAGUAAGAUAUCUCAGUCUUCAUUUGAGACAGUACAGUACACCUCACUUCAAUAGAAUCGGCAUAUAUAUGCAUGGUACGUGUUAAGCGGCGACUUCACAUCAUGCCAGUCACUGACCCCAACCUCAUCAGAAGUCGUCGUAAGUGGCGCAAGACACUGGUCUUUUUCGAGAAGAAGAGGAAGGUCAGGUCCACCCAGUUCGGAUAAUUUGCUUAUUUCCUCACCAUAGCCUUCUAACUACGCUGUAGUCCAAUCACAGCGUUCCCACAGUUGCGAUUUUAAGGGUUGUUCAUUGACGAAAUAACUCGGUUUUACUUAGAACUGUGGGCCAUAAUACUGGAGCUUCUUCCUUCUCUCUCUCUCUCGUGAGAUCAAAGACCCCCAUAAAUGCAAUAGAUACAACGCAAACAGACCUUCUCAUGCACAACAUCUUGCCCAAGCCUGGCUGCGCUAGCCUCGUAGGGCGAUGUUGAACAUUGUCAGAUUGGAUGGUUAGGUUGUCGUAACCGCCUUCCCCAUAGAGAAGCAAAAAUAUAAAUAAUGAAACUUUUUGUUAGCAGUAACAAUGUGGGAUCACCUAUACAUUCCAACAUAUAAGUGUAAAUGCAAGAACUGUGCAAAUAAGUAGACUGUGCCACUGUUUCUUAUCGCUAUGUUCUUUUGUUCUAGUUAUUUCAAUUGGGAAACGCAGAAUAUAACCGCUAAUCCCACUCCAAAUUAUGCGGUGAUUACGGAUAAUCCAGGUGGAAUUCUUUUCAAAAACAAACGGGACCGUAAAAUUCUAAAUGUUGAUCCAUGGGUAAGUUUCCGUUAUAAUUUUGACCUCUGUCCGCGAUGAAAGAACAAAAAGACGCGUCUCGUUUGCCAACCGUGCCUCAGAUUUAGAUAAACAUCCGAUGCUCUAGUCUUAACCCCCAACCCUAACUCCUAACCCUAACCCCUAGCCCAUCGGGUGCGGCUGCAUAACCAAAUCUUACCAUAAAAUAAUCCGAUGCAAUAUUGAUUGCGUUAGAACACUUGGGUAAUGAUAUUAUCCCCAUACAUGCAACUCUCCUGAUACUCAUUUUGUUAGCCGUAAUUCUCCCCAUUUUCCAAGAAGGAAACGCGCAAUUAUAUACUCCUUACUAUGUACUGGAAGAUCGGCAUCCCAAAAAACAUACUUUAAAGAAAAAUAAGUCCUUUGAGAAAUUGAACAAACUUUGUUUUGCACGGUUUCGACGCUGGUUCCCCAGGUCGUCCUAAAUAUAGAGAUAAGUAAUACGUGAUUAAAUGGCUGACCCGAUUUAAAAUGUGUCAGUCUUCACGCAAUUGAGGACAUAAACUCGACGUUAAUGGAUAAACCUAGCGACGCCUCAGUGAGUAGAUCAGCGGAAAAUCCUUACAGUUGUUUGCUUAGACGUCCAUAGCCAUGCCCAGCAAUGGCGAUUCCCUCAGCCAACUUCGAAAAUCGGCAGAAAUCUCAGUUAGGGACUACCGGCGCAAAUAUUGGACUGAAAUAGCGACCUCCAUGGAGCAGGCCUCAAACGUUGGUGACACCCAAAAACUCCAUUAAAUUGUUCGCCAAGUUAAAGAUAAGCUCUUUGCACUGAGUAACUCUAUUCGAGAUGUGAUUGGCGGCUUUAUUUCUGACAACGACCAAAAUCAAGCGCUGACGUGUACAUCUCGUGUACUUUCUCAGUUUCGAUGCCCGACACCUCGCACGAUCCUUCUCUUCCCUCGCGGAGUUUUAUCCCUCCCCAACCUAUGUCGUGUCAUGCAACUCCCUUCAGAGGGAAGAAGCAACCGGCCCAACAAAAAGGCCGCGCAACAACAGUACACUCAGAAAAGACGGCAUUCCCUCUGAAAUCUACACACUAGCGCCCUCGCCACGUGGGGUGAUGGAGCAGGCGUGAAGAAAUGUGAUCGUUCCUAAGCUCAGGUAUCCUUGUGCCCGUCUUCAAGAAGAGAUUUAAGACAAGACAGGAGAACUACCGCGGCAUUAGCCUUAUCGACGUUACUGCGAAUGUCGUUGCCGUCGUUCUUAUCGGGCGAGUUCAAGCUGUGCAUGACGAAAGCCAGCCAAGAUGGGUUCCUGGCUGGGUGAGGAUUUGCCGGCCAGAUAUUCACACAGAGGCUCACUCUUGAGUUUAUUUAUGGUGACCAGUAACCGACGAUCGUCUGCUUUGUUAAAUUUGCAAUCGCUUUCACUUUCGUUCACCGUGAGUUCCUGCGGCAAAUAAAGGAACAAGGUGACAUGCUGGCCAAAAUUAUUGCCAGGACGAAGACCUACUAACGAUGCAUUAUCGCAUGAGUUCUGGUUUAUAACAAUCUCCCCCAGUCGUUUGCAUUCUGUCGCCCAAUCUGCCCAUCUGCGCCGCUGACCAGAUUUUCAGGAAGGCCCUACACGAAGAUAAUGGCAAAAGAGGGGCGCACACGGGGUAUGUUAUGAAACUCACUAACCAACAGGUCGCGCGUUUGAGCCUCAAGGGUCGCAUACCUAGGGUUUGGAUAUGGCUAACUGAUGAAGAGUAACAGGCUAGUAAUAGUCAGACCAGUCUCCCUUUUCUUUGUCGGAGCUGAGGAUGUAAGCUUAACACCCGGACGCCGACUGACCGAUCUAGACUGUGCCGAUAAUAUCGUCUUGUUAGCUGCUAGCUUUGGUGAGCUAAGGUGUUUCGCUUCGAAGGUGGAUAGAGUUGCGACUUCGUCGGUUUGUCCAUAAACGCUCGGACGAUUGAAGUGUUUUUAAGGUGUAUCCUUGGCGAUGUGAAGGUAACUCUCAAGAUUAAUGACUAUCAAAUGAAGAAGAAGGAACGUUGAGCUAUCUUGAAAUGAGACUGCUGCCGGAUAAACAGAGUAAGGACUACAUAGCCUCUUGAACCAAGGCUGCUCGCCGGGUUUUUUCAAGCCCCAGUAAAAGGCAUAAAUGGAUCCGACGCAACACGCCCAUCGCCACGAAAAUUCGCGUGUACCGUGAAUCCACCUGAACGGUACAUUUCUACGGUUGUGACUGCUGGGCUGUGCGCGUGGAAGACGAGCGAAAACUGGAUGUAUUUGACCAACACUCCGUGGACACCAUUCCUCGAAUGAAAGAGGCCGACUUCGUCCCAAAUGAGACAGUCCGAACUCUCUGUAACAAAAAUUCAUUCAUGCCCCAGGCCAUACACAAAAGACAACUAAGGUGGUUUAGGCACGUUCUUCGUUGUCCACCUAAUGAGCGCAGUGUUACUGGUCCCGAUCCGGCACCAUUACCUACUUGGAGGCGUCAAGUAAGGGGUCAACUCAAAAUCCGACUUUAUAUAGUUCGUCAAGACAUGAUAGUCGUUCUUGGACCUUCGGUAUUCGGUUUCCAUCGUUGGCGAAGAUAAUGGAUCGAGUUGUCGAGAUCUGUUGUCGCAGAUGGCCACGAGGUGAGAGUACCUCUCACCUUGGCAGUAUCGAGGCUGGCUAGGCCAGUCCUGUUCGCAGCCACACCAGGUGCAAAUUAAUGGAUCGCAGAAUUAAAAGUAUACAUGGUCCAGUAAGCUUGAUCUACGCCUUUCUUCACCACCUUCGCUAUUAACACGCAAGUUUUUAGUUACGUGGCUUUUUGUGGGGUCCGAUAACCCACCGAAGAUAUUGUAAACCCAGUCCAAGUUUUUUCCAAAAGGAAUUGUGCAUGCCAUAAAAUAACGUGCUUUGGCUUCCUUUUUUAGCUACCAUCUCCAGGAGACAAUACCACCCGCAUCGUUGUUCUUACGAAUGAGUAUUUGCAAUUUGUUCUUUAUGACCACAUCACCCGCCGGAAAACCUAA